CGACCCCCUGGCCGGUUUUAGUUGCUUUUCCCCAACUUGUCUGCAAGGGCCUGCAGACCUGCAGGACCGUGUAUGUGUCACGCUGUGGCUUGACUGGUGUUAUUUUGGCUGUGAUUACGAUGCCCCCUGGCGAUUUGCAGUCUGGCACUUCGAGAAAGAAGCAGCGGGAACGUAGAUUAAUAAUUACGAUCCCAGUCGAUUACUAGGGCUGAAAGGGAAUUGCUGAUUUUCUCUUAUCAACCCCUCUCCUGGAGUCCUUAUGGAGUUGGGGUGCUAUCUCAUAUCUGUACUCCGUACUGCGUAUAGAGUAUUUCAUCUGGCCUUGUGGAGAUUGGGCUUCGAUCUUUCCUCUCUUCCAUUGUCAGCUUACUCCGUACUGUUGUUCUCGGAAACCGAUUUAGAGUCGGGAGGCAACUUUUUAUUUUUAUUUUUAUUUUCAUUUUUUUUCUCCUUUCCAGAACACCAGAAGAACGGACAUGGAAUUUUCAAAGAAUACUCACGUCCCGAGGCUUCCACCACCUUCUUUUUUUCUGACCGUAUGGAAAAGCCGGCCCACCCUUGCGGCGAAGCAGCUAAUCAGAUGGCCAUUCGGGCCGGCCGUACGUGGCUCAACUCGACCAGUCAAGACGCCCUCGCCCAGCCCCGGUGGCUUGCGUGUGUGUGCAUAAGUCGGCCAGGCGCGUGGCCAUUGCGAGGACUCGUCGACCAGGGAUCCAAGCCAAUCCACAGCGACCGGAGGGAUUGGGUGGUGCGACCCUCCCUUUCCCCUCUUUCGCUCCACCCUUCCACUUCCCACACACACCACCCAGCCCACACGCACACCAGGAAGAACUUCUCGCUGUGGCGGUUGGCGCCGACAACGUGUUGCUCGUUUGGGAUUCCUUCCCCCUCGCUCUUGGGAUAUCCGAGUCUUCGUUUCUUUGUUCUGGGACCGGGAAGCUUGUUGGUGGCUUUAAACUCGUCCCCCCCCAUGUUAAUGUGUGUGGAUGGUGGUGGCAUACCAACCUCGAGGAUGGCUCCUGUGCAACGCCCAUUCCAUCCCGAUGGAUGAAUGGAAUGCGUGAUUUUCCCGGGGACAGGAGAGAUUUCCCGUCCCUUU